GGCAAUAUCAGACCAACAGAUGGAGCAUCUCAAGAUGAUACUUGAGAUGGACAAGGGGAAGCAAAGAGUUCUAGAACUCGAACUACAACUGGAAAAACUCUGUCAACAGAGAUUCUCAUCCUCUACAGAUCAAUUACAAGAUGUCAACAAUCAUUCUGUCACCACAUCAACAGCCACAUGGAAUCCUAAUCUCGGUGAAAGGUUGGAAUUCAACCUUUAUGAACUGGAUAGCCGUGUUGGCAAGGCUAUCUCCCAAUUCAAGGAAGAUGUCAAGAAUACUAGAAAUGACAGACUCAGAACCCUCUAUAAAGAGAUGAUGAAUGAGCAUCAUUCUGAGACAUCAGAAACUGGUGACUCUACACAUUCAUCUCAAACUCCUUGGGUGCAGGAAUACUCUGUCCUCAAAACACAGUUACACUGUGAGACAGUUCUGGAAUUUAUGUCUCUUGAUGACAUACAGGUCAUCAAUCUACACACAUUCUUUGAUAAGUUUCAGUCCGCCAUCACAAAAUUGAAGAUGUUGAAUGCUUCCCUCUCAGAUGCAUGGAUAUUUGAUACCUUCUACUCAGUUCUACUCAACAAUUGGAGGAAUUACAUUCAGAAGAAGAUAGAGGAGAUACAGGAUUUCAAAUCCACAGCUGUGGUAUUGAAUGUUGAUCUUCUCAUGGAGGAAAUCCAUUCGCGGCUUGAUUCUUCAAAAGAUAAAAAGAACCUGCAGAAUAUAGAUUCUGCGGCCAACUCAGCUACAACAGCUACAUCAGCUAUGACAGCUACAACAGCUACGACAGCUACAACGGCCACAAUGACUACCAAUGACAAUACAUCGAAUUCGGCCCGUGGAGGCCGUACUGGACAUGGAUCAGAGACCUAUCAGAUGACAAACCUCACAGAGGUUAUCAAUGUGUCAGCCUGUUACAAGGAUUUCUUCAACAGGUGUUUAUACAUAUCAAAGAACAUUAUCUUUCAGAAGAACCUUCAUCUUGCUGAUUCAUUGAUACUGACUACUUCACACAACCUGAAGGUUCUACUCAAUGCAGUCUUGCAGAAUACACUGAACUCCUCAGAACCCACAGUUGAAUCUGAUGACUCUUUGACAUCUACAAGAGAUAUCACUAUAGUGAAGGAAUCAACAGUGAGGAAAUCUUCAAUAAGAGAUAGUCUUGAAGACCUACUCAUCAAUUCUGAGAUUGCUGCACUUCUGAUUCUGAAAAACCUCACACAUGUCAAAGCUUUCAUGGAAUGA